CUGUGUAAUUUGUCUGUUUCCGGUUAUAAGAACAUUUUCCAACAAAAUAAAACAAUGAUUAAAUUAUUUUCUUUGAAACAACAGAAAAAGGAUGGAAUCGAUUCUUCGGACAGAGGAUCACAGAAAAAGGCAUCAGCAGCACAGCUCCGUAUACAGAAAGAUAUUAAUGAACUAAAUUUACCAAAGACAUGCCAAGUCGACUUUCCAGACCCUGAUGAUCUACUCAACUUCAAACUCAUUAUUUCACCAGAUGAAGGUUUCUACAGAGGUGGUCGAUUUGUGUUCAGUUUUAAGGUUUUGCAAGGAUAUCCACAUGACCCUCCUAAAGUCAAAUGUGAAACAAUGGUGUAUCACCCCAACAUUGAUCUAGAAGGAAAUGUUUGUCUUAAUAUAUUAAGAGAAGACUGGAAGCCUGUUUUAACUAUAAAUUCUAUUGUCUAUGGGUUGCAGUAUUUAUUUUUGGAACCUAAUCCCGAGGAUCCAUUGAACAAAGAGGCUGCUGAGGUCCUUCAAAGUAACCGGCGAUUAUUUGAGCAGAACGUCACAAAGUCAAUGAGGGGAGGCUACAUCGGGUCCCUGUACUUUGACCGAUGCCUAAAAUGAUGACUGUCUGAUGUUAAUGGAGAAAUAUUGUGAUCUUUUCUGUGCUUUUGUUAAUCAUUAUGAUAUGUGUCCAAAAGUGGGUAUUUGUCUGAAUGAGAAAUCUGAAUGUGAUCUAUGGCUGCUUAUUUUAAAAUAGAACAUCAUGCUGAUCAAAGGUGUUUGCUGAAAAGCAUGUUGAUUCUGUUGUCUCUGGGACAGAAGGAAAUUUCAGUGUGAUCAGGUUUAAGUACAAUGGAUAUUUUUGUCAACUUUUCAUUUAAUCCUUCUGUAAUAUAUUUCUGUUUGAAGCAUGUUUACCUACAUGUAUUUGUGAAGUCCUGACAGGGUGAAAUUUUUUGUUGUUUAUGUGGAUUUUAAGAAUGUUGCAGUUGGAGACAAUUGCUUUCAUUGAAGAUACCAUAGCUAAAGUCUAUCUUCAAAUCAGAAUCCUGUUUCUCAAUAUAUCCUUCAUAUUUUCUUUAAUAUUUUUGUGUGAAAUAUAUGUAUCCCUAUAUACAAUGUACCUAAAUGUUACAUGUAAUUUAUAUACAAAAUAUGUGGAAAAUGGUGACACUGUAAUUUUGAAUUCUUUCUAAGUACCACAACUGUAAUCUCUGUUUGGAUUAAUGGACGACUUUUUCCCUGCAAAGUAUGGGCAGUACUCAGUUGGAUUUUAUAUAUGUGAGCAAGCACUGAAGUCAAGUGUCCAGGUUUUGCUGUUCUUUCAUAAUGUCAUGUUGCAUUUUUAGCAGCAUUGUUUACUUGGUAUUACUAUUAAUCCACUUAUAAUGAGGCUUGUAGUUUGUAUGCAUUGCAUAAAAUGAAGAUUGCAUUAUAUAGUUAGAACGUUUUCUAAAGUAUUGGUAUAGAAUAUUGAUAGUUAAUGUCUUGAUUUCACGUAACUAAGAUAUUUAAUUUGUGUUAAUUCGUGUGAACUUUAGCAAUUUCGUAUGAAUUACUUUUCCAUAUACCAAUAGCUGGGCAGAAAAUUUGUUAAUGUUUCUUUUGAUCCUUUUUGUUAAUUUAAAUUCUCAGUUUGUGAAUUCACAAAAAAGAAUCUGAAAAAUUAUCAUAAGAAAAAAAGUACAUUCUAAUUUUUGAAGUAAAAUUUGAACACAUUAAGUGCUGUUUUUAUAUUGACAUGUGUAUGAGAAACCUAAAUAAAUGGUCAUUAAUUUCGUAUUCUAUAAAUGUUAUUUUUUAAUAUUUUGUCCUCUUUCCAACAACAUCAUUGUAAGGAAUGGCAAAUUUCAUCUUUUUACAAAAUCUGAUUUUGAGUAAAUGUGAUGAAAUUCUGUUACAUGUAAUCUUGGUAAAGUCAUGAUCAUCAUAUUGUUUUACUGACUGGUGAAAAAUGUAGUCUUCAAACCGAUAUUUUGCUCAGGUCACUUUAAAUCAGAUUUGUAAUCUUAGGACACAUUAUUUUGCAUGCUGCUUAAAAGGGAAGAAGACAUUUUGUCAAAUGAAUUUGGAGACAUCAAGGCAAAAACGGUCUGAUUUGUUAAACUGGGAUAGAUUUGUAUGCUAUAAAGCUUAUAGAGACAUA